AUGUCGAUCUUCAGUUGGACUUCAGCGGAACUCGCCUCAACCAUUGCACAACUGCUGAUUGAAGAAGUUUUAGGGUACCAUGUUAGUACCGCAGUCAGUAGUGGGGCGUUGGAAGGGGUGGAAGCCUUGCUGCGCUUGUCGGGCUGUUCGGAUUUGGAGUGCAGCUCCAGCAGCGACGAGCUCAGCGACGUGGCGUUAGAAUUCUGGUUGGCCGAUUCGGCGGAGGAGGUCAGUCGCCUCAAAGUUUCAAGUCCCGGCAGAGCACCAGAAGACCUGGGAUCCAUUGGCUAUCCCAGCAUGGAGGGGCUCUUUGUGACUUUUUCUGUCCUAGUGGAAGCCUAUGAAACAACUGGCCAUGCACUGGACUACUACAGGAGCUACAACAAAACUCACAACAGGCCCAUGAAAUUCUUCACACCGCUUCCGGACCUGGAUCUCACCGACUUUGUUGCGUGCAACGAAAGCAAGUGGGUUGAUCCGAGUUUUAUCAACCCGUACGUGCAAUGGACCGGUGAUUUGGAGGGAGUUGAAGCAGCUGACGGUGGGUACCAUGCGUUCUGCCCUGACGGGACCUUUUGGAUUGCCCCUGCCUGCCGUGGCAACACUUCUGAGUGCAUUCCGAUUAUAAGUACUGGCUACGGCUGGGGUGUGCAUUUCAUCAUGCAAUGGUCAGCUGUGUAUGGACUUCCAGUUGCGGUGGGUAUUGCAAAAAGCUGGGCGCAAUACGUUGCCACUGUGAACCGCGUGAAUGUGCUGUUUUACUGGUGGCUUCCAGAUGCUACUUUUGCUGCACUUGACCCCAAACUCAUGCUGCUGCCGCAGCACGAUCCAAGUCAAUGGGCUGUGGGGAAUAAACGAACAGCCACAGCUGGAGGAAAGAUUGCGAAGUUUGUGAGUCAGGGCUUGAACCGAAAAUCUCCAGCGGUCUUUGGUCUCCUGGAAAGCUUCAGGAUGCCCAGUCUUUCCACGAUGCAGGAGAUGCUGUUGAAAUUGGCCAAAGGAGAAAAAAUGAGGCAAGUGGCCUGCGGAUGGCUUCUAUCCAACAGAGAGAUUUGGGCAGAGUGGAUUCCCAGAAAUAGAAAGACUUCAUGUCCUCGGGGCAGAGGCAUGGUGAAUCUGGAAGGAGAAUUUGUUGGAUCUCGUGAGAGCGCUGUGGAUUGUGGCUUUUGUCCGCCUGGCACAUUCUCUGAGAGUAUUACAGAUGGCAUAGGCACCAGCCAUCGAUGCGCGCUCUGCGAAUCUGGUAGGUAUCAGAAUUUGUAUGCAGAGCCGGCUUGCAAGGACUGUGAACUUGGACACUUUAGUGCCACCAAUGGCUCCGUUGCAUGUGACCUGUGCAGUUUGGGCAGCUACGCCAAUUCGACUGGAUUGACUGCAUGCACGAAAUGUGGUGACGAAAGUCAGUGGACCACAAGUCAAGUAGUGAUGGUUAAAGGGGUGAGCAAAUGGAUUGAGCUGGAGGCCGCGACAUCUUCUGAUUUCUGUGGCUGCCGUGCAGGCUGGUUUCUAUUUGAUGGCAGCUGUCAGAGCUGCAUUGAAGGAUCUACCUGUCCAGGCUCAAGUCAAUUGGAACUGCUGCCAGGAUAUCAUUCCCUUCCGGAAGAUCCACGCCAUAUCUUCCAGUGCUACGGCGCCACCGCGCUCCGCUGCCCGGGUGGGGCCGUCGGACACUGCGCUGUUGGGCGCGACGCCCAAAGUGUCCAAUGCGCCACCUGUCUGCCGGGCCUCGUGGAGGAUGGUGGGCCCUGCCGCAGCUGCGAAGGCAAGGACUACCUCAUGUCCAUCCUUAUAGCAAUGUUACUGGUUGCAAGUACCAGUGGUUUGCACAUUGUGAAUCUGCGAAUGGAGAGACGAGGCAGGACAGCAUCAGCAUCGGUGGUCAAUGUCGUGGUGCCGGUGAGUCAGAUAGUCACCUGCAUCCAGCUCUGCACGGUGAUGACUCAAAUCUCUAUUCGCUGGACUGAUCCAUUUACCCUGCUCUUGGACGCCUUGAGCUAUGUGUCCUUGGACGAACUUGCGCAUGGUUUUAGAGCCUUGAACUGUGUUGCAGAUGUGACUCCCGUUCUGCGAUUUCUCUUCACAAAUGUCAUUCUUCCCACUGCACUGGCGCUGCCGCCAGCAAUUUUGCACUUGGCCUAUGCAAAGGUGACAGGUCAGGCCUGGAAGAUGCAUAUACUUGGAGAGACCUUGCUUGGCCUGUAUGCUGCACUGAUCAUUACCCAAGUGAACUCUGCUGUGGGGCCAUUUCGAUGUUCUCCACACCCCAAUGGCCUAUGGACUAUGCAAGGAUAUCAUGCAGUGGUUUGCGAUUUUGCAGCAGAGCACCUUCAACUGUGCUUGCUGGGGGUUGCAAUUGGCCUCAUACCUCUGGGUUUCUUGAGCCUUUGCAGCUGGAUGCUUCUGAUUGAGCUUCCCAAGCGGGUGAAUUCAGGUGACGUGACCUUUGUCCGCUCUUGCAGAUUUUUGAUUUUCCGAUUUCACCCAGGCUACGAGGUCUUUGCUCUGAUUCUGCUGGCUCGCAACAUCCUGUUUGCUUGUGCACCCAUGCUACAGUGGCCUUCGGUCAGCGUGGUCAUCAUGGAAAGCCUACUGGGUUGCAGCAUCGCUUUAACCACCUAUUUCAAGCCCUGGAAAACGCGAGCUGCCAUUGUCCUUGAUAUCUUGGUGAAUGCGAGCCUGCAAUCCGUGCUCCUUAUAGGAUCCUUCUUCAUGCCAACAAUUGAUCCAUCAGCAUCCAUGGCUCUUUGUACCUGUGUGGUAGCUGUGCUGCUGUUUGGCCUAUUGACGUGUGCUGGAGUGGCCCUCGCAAAGCAGCUACUGGCUCGCUGGCUGCAGAGUUACCGUUUUUUCCUAUGCCAUCACAAGGCUUCGGCUGGAUGCCUCGUGCGCUUGCUGAAGAUGGAACUGCAAGGCCAAGGUGCAAAGCACAAGGUCUUUGUAGACACGGACAAUCUCACUGACCUAACCCGCCUCUUUACGGUCGUGAGCAACGAAGUGGAUAUGUUGGUCGUUGUUGGCACAUCAUCAGUGCUCACGCGGAAAUGGUGCCUGGGUGAAAUUACGACUGCGAGAGUGAACAAUGUGCCAACGGUGAUUCUGGGAUUGGCAGACUUUGAGCUGCCAAAUCACUGCUGCUUAGAUACGCAUUUGGGCCUUGUGAAUACUUCUGAUUUGGCCAACUAUGGAAUCAGCAUAGAGGACUUGAAGGACACCAUAAAUUGGCUGGAAACGGUGAAGUGCUUUCCCUUGGAGGACUUCAGUCUGUCAGCUUUGCAGUCAAUUGUGGACGAGCUAAAGGGAGUGAAACCAGCACUCAGUCCUGUAGCAGACUCGACAGACUCGACCGACUCGGACUGUUUGAUUCUGUCCGAUCCUUCAAACACAGAGGCUAUGGCAACUGCCUAUAUUCUAGCAGCUAUGACCUCCCGGCAGAUCAUGCAUACUCAACAAACUCUACCGAGAGUCGUGGUGAAAGAAGAGAAGCUGCCAGCAAUUACAGUCAAGCAUGGUGCAAGUGGUGCAAUUUCUUGUUUGCUGGUUUGUACGCGCCUCUGCUUUCAUUCCAAGCAAAUGGCCGACUGGCUACUUCAAGCGUACAGCUUGGACUGCCGAGUGUUGCCAAUCGUUAGCAGCGAGGAUUUUGAAUUGCCCAGUGUAAACAUGGGCCAUUCCCUCUCGCUGAAUUCUACAGAUGUGACUCUCUACCUCACCAUCCUCCAGUCGCUCUUUCUGGAGAUCACACUGCCUUUCUUGCCGCAGAAGUCCUCUGAGGAUGAUCUCAAAUGGAAAGCCCACAGAAUCCUACAGCGUUUGGAGGAUGGGGAUGUCCCUGAUCUCGCCACACGGAGUCUGAGAAAUUCGUGCUGCGUUUGUUUGAGCUAUGACUCGAGUUUCUUCAGCGGACGCGCCGACUGCGUUGGAUGGGAAAAGGGGCUGGAGAUGGCCGUAGUUGGACGACCUUCCAAGGGAGGUCUCAACAAAGAUCGGCCUGUUGGCAUCGCAAAUGCUGGGGACGACGAGGACGACGAGGACGACGAGGACGACGAGGACGACGAGGACGACAAGGAUGACAAGGAGGACGAGGAGGACGAGGAGGUCUACUGCUGCGCAGCUUGUGGGGCGCAUUUGGCGCAGUACAAGGACCUACUCUCCACCAACUUUCGUGGAAGGACUGGCAAUGCGCUCCUUUUCAACCAGGUCAUCAAUGUGACUGCAGGACCUUUGGAAGACAGCAUCAUGACGACAGGUUUGCACGUGAUCCGCUGCCUUUUCUGCGUGAUUUGUCAGGAGCGCGUGGGUUGGAAGUAUGAGGUGGCCUUUGAGGAAGAUCAAAAGUACAAGGAGGGUCGCUUCAUCCUGGAAGAAGAGUUGAUGUUGUCAACCACUUGA